UUUAUUUUGCAGAUGGAAAAUCUAAAUGAGAUGAAUCAAUAUCUUAAUACUGAAAUUGUCUGCACAGUAGCUGGUCUUGGUUAUGCAGAGGGAAAUGAAUAUUAUAAACAUGCUGACUGUUUAGAGAGUUUGAAGGAUUUAAUCAAGUUUUUACGUCGUGAUGAUUCAACUUGUGAAAUUAGAAGACAAAUGGGUUAUUCCAAGAUACUUCAAAAUGACCUUGUAGCCAUUUUAAAGAGCUGCACCCCAAAAGAGACAGAAAUCUUCAACAUGGUCAUCAGGUUGAUGGUCAACUUGACCCAACCAGCUGUCUUAUGCUGGGAAGGUCAGCAAGUUCCAGAAGAUAAGACUGGUCAACAUUAUCAUUUAGAGUUGGUCAAUCAUUUGCAGGCUUAUAAAGAGGCAUUUACUGAUAUGGAAGUUAUGGGAUCAAUUGGAAAAGAACUGGCCAAGCUUUUACAAAAGGACUGGGAAAGCAGAGAUGAAGAAGACUAUUUACUCAUUGAAAGGAUUUUACUUUUGAUUAGAAAUAUCUUACAUGUGCCUGCCAAUCCACAAGCAGAAAAGAGAACAGAUGAUGAUGCAAGUAUUCAUGACCAAGUGAUUUGGAGUCUGCAUCAAAAUGGUAUUGAUGAUUUACUCAUUUACAUUGGAAGCUCUCCCGAUGAGAGACGAUGGUGUAUGCACACUCUAGAAGUCAUUUCUUUGAUGUUAAGAGAACAGAACCCUGAAAGUCUAGCAAAGGCUGGAGAGGAAAGAUCGGAAAAUGAAAAGCAUCAUGAUAACAGGCAACUAGAAAGGCUCAGAGAAAGAGAAUUAGCUGAUAAAAGGAAAAAUGCAUUAAAGUUCUCUGGGAGACAUUCAAGGUUUGGUGGAACAUUUACUGUGAAAAACAUGAUGUCAAUAGCUGACAAAAGGGAAAUUAUCUACCAUAGAAAUUUAGCAGAUGCCAAGAAUAUGAACUUUGAUUUGGAAAAGAAUGCAAGGAAGAAAAGGAAGAAUCAGAUGCAAGUACAGGACAUGGCAUCAGAGAGAAGAUCUACUUUAAGUAUAAGAAUGUUUUUGAAGGAGUUUUGUAAGCAGUUUCUUGAGCAUUGCUAUAAUCCUCUGCUCUAUGUUGUUAGGGAUAAUUUGAUGCAUGAAAGGUCUCAAGAGAAUGAUGAAAGCUACUUCCUAUGGGCCAUGAAAUUUUUUAUGGAGUUUACCCGAAACUAUGAUUUUAGAGUUGAUUUUGUUGGGGAAACAAUGAGUGUUUCUAACUUUCAAUAUGUCCUAAAAAUCAUGAUGCAAUACUAUGAAAGCUUCUCAGAGGACAAGCAAAAUCCAGUUGUCUGGGGAAGAAGACUUCAUCUUGCAAUACAAGCCUACAAGGAACUAUUGAUGUAUGUUUUGUACAUGGAUACCUCAAAAGAUGAAAAUUUGAGAGAAAAUGCAAAAGUCAUUAAAGCAAAUGUCUUCUAUGCAGUUGAAUAUCGAGAUAUCUUUAUGUUGCUGUUACGCAAGUUUAACAAAGCUAAGCAAUCCAAAUCAUACUUAAGAGAUCUUGUUGAAACUUUUCAUGUUUUCCUAAAGAUGCUAGAACAGUUUUGUCAAGGAAAAAGGCAUGUGAUUGUUCAGCAAAAAAGAAAAUCAAAACAGAAAAGAAAAAAGUCCAAAAAAAAGAAUCCAAGAAUUACACUCACAGCAGAACAAGCUGAUGAAAUGUGGCAGAAUAUAGCGUCUGAUUUGUCAGCAGUGGUACAAGGCCAUGGUGGGGAAGUCCCUGAUUCUGUGGUACCUUUCGAUGCUGCCUCUGAUGUGACCAUGGACCACCAAAGGGUGAUGGCUUUAAGCAAAAUCCAGACUUAUUUACAAAGUGGUCAGUAUACUGAUGCUGUAGCUUUUUUGAGAGCUGCCAGAGAAGUAUGGCCUAAUGACUCAUUUGGUUCCCCUGAUAUUGAAGCAGAGGAUGAGUUUAUGUGUCUUCAUAACAUAUUUAAGAUGCUUGACCUGCCUCAAGAUAAUCCUGUUGCAGAAGAAGAAUCAGUAGAAAAUGAAGAAGAAUUGCCAGAGGAAGAAGAGUUAGAGGCUGUUGUCACCCGUGAAACACAAUUUGAUUUUAAAGACUUUCUCAACAAACUUGCAAAUCCUGGAAUCGUGCAGCCAUACUGUUGGUUGUUAUUGUUUUAUGARGAAAACAAUCCCAAAACUAACCAUUACAUUGUGAAGAUGCUCCAYAGGAUUGCUGUGGAUCUUAAGAUGUAUCCAAUGUUAUUUCAGUUGUCACUUUUUAUGGUGUUCAAUAAAAUUCUAAACUCUCCCGCUAAAAAGCAGUUUCAGGAAUUGUUCAAGUUUUCUAGCUACAUUGUGAACAAGUUCUUCUCUUUGUUACCAAAAAACCCAGUGCUUUGUGCAGAGCUAGUUGCAUGGAAAAAUGCUGAUGCCUGCUAUGAAAUAGUAGAAGGGUAUGGAAGCCUUGCAUUCAGGGACUGCUCUAAACCAAGGACAAAAACAACUUUUACUCAUGAGGAAGAGAUAGAACUCAGGCAACUUUAUGAGCGCUUCCAAGAAGAAGAAGACAUAGUUGAUAAAAUUUUGGAGAACAUUUCUGAUGACACAAGAACAAGGAGACAGAUCAUCAAUAAACUUGUAGCCAUGAAACUUGUUGAUAACAGGAAGACAUUACGCAAAAAAGCUGAAAAGAAGAAUAGCUGGCCAGAAGAAGAGAAAGAACAGCUUCGAGCAUUGUAUGAAGAAUAUAAGAAUUGUGAAGAUGAUGUUGUYGGGAAAAUCUUGGAACACCUAACAAAUACUUCAAGGUCAAGAAGACAAGUUGUAAAUCAGUUAGUAAAAAUGGGUGUGGUAGAAGAUCGCAAAUCUUUGAGAAAAAAGMGAAAGCGACAAGAGAAAAGAAAAAAGAAGUCCCAAGAGGUUGAUGAGUUUGAAGAAGAGGCAUGGCAACAAGAGACCAAUAAAAGUAGUGAUGAGGAGAUUGAUAGUGGCUCAUCUGAAAGUGAUUCUGAAGACGAUGAUUCAAGCAUGCUGUUAUCACUGCCCACACUUGUGGCUAAAAUCAAGGAAAAAGGUUUGGGCGAACAGAUUGAAUGGAUUCAGUCAAAGUUGAAAAACACAGCUGACGACAGGGAAGACAACGAUAAUUGUCAGCCAAUACCACUGGUUACCAUAACUGAAGAAAACGAAGAGGCUCUUGGUGAUAACGAUUUCAAGGCGAUUUUAAAGAAAAUUGGAUUGGUACCACCAGCCAAUGAGCAGGAGACAUUCUGGCGCAUACCGGGCAAUUUAAACCCCGUGCAGUUGCGAAAGUCAGCUGAGGACCUUAACUUCUCUGGACAACAAGUGGAGUCAGCAUCAAAGAAGCGAAAAAACAUGCUGGCAGCUCUUGCAGCAUCACGUAAAGAAAGUAGUACAAGUGCAAAGAAGAGAAGAAAUCGUAACAGACCCGAAAAAACAACAGGCCAAUCUUCCUCAUCAAAAGGAAAGACGUGGAGAAUGAAUCUUGCUCAGAGCAGUAACGAUUCUAGUGACAGUGAAGAUGAAAUUCAAGAUAUUCCAUCUGUAAGCACCCCAGAUGUCAACUAUGUUCCUGAACAAUCCACAAGAGAAAAUGAGUCACUUGAAAGCCCUAAGGAUAAACCGAAAACGACAAAGAAAAGAAAAUUCCAUAGCCUUAUCGAUAGUGAUGAUAGUGAUACGGAGGAGUCCCCGAAAAGCUUGCCGUCGCAAAAGAAAGAAAGUGGUGAUUCAUUUAGCAAAAAUAACCUUGAUCCUGAGGAUAGUAAAGGCGAAGAUUUCAUUGAUAGACAAGAUGAUGACGAUGAUGGUCCUCUUGUCCAUCAUAAGAAACUACGAAAAGUAAUCUUAGUAGAUGAUGAUGAUGAUGAUGAUGAUGAAUAAAUGGUCAACAUUUAUGAAAAUAUUUGUUAAUAAUUUCUGUCAAUAAAUUGCUUUAUGCUGUACUGAUAACAUAACAUAAUGGUUAUCUUGUUAAUAAAAUCAUCAUGUCUGA